AUGCGCAUGAGGCUGCGGGCGCCGGACGAGCCCGAGGCUGAGAGCAGCUACGAAAGAGACGAUAAUAACAGUGCACCCUCUACUCCUGAUCGAAGCCUUUUUCUACCACCGCUGGACGUUGGAUCACCCGAAUAUAUUGAGGAGCGACUGGAGAAUCUCAAGCGUCGUCCCACUUGGGGAAAUUUCCUGGAUCAAUACGUACAGGACCAUAUGGACAGUGACAGUGACAAUGAAGCAGAGGAUUAUACUGAAGUAUCAACGGCCUCUACUUCUGGAUUCAUCCGCUCGACGCUCUGGUCGCUGCUAGUCGUGAUGGCCGCACCAUUGCUGAUCUUCUGCGUCCCGUGCUUGAGACACAAAAGUUACGGAUUCUGGCCAUUGGGGUGUCGUUCGAUCAAGGAACUCUUUGGUCGUGCACUAAUUCAUGUGAUUUUCAUUGUGUUUGGACUUGGAUUGCUAUACUGGACAGUUUGUCGAGAACUGCCGGACAUUUUUUGUCUGGAUCAUGCGCUUGUAAAGCUCAACGUACAGAUACUUAAGAUGAUACACGCAGUAGAUACGUGUCAUGCGGCAUUACUGCAAUGGGAUAGGGCGGUUGCGCAGAAGUUGUGUAUGCCUGCGGGCAUCGAUAUCGUGUUGCUGCUGGUGAAUACAUGUCUGCUGCUGCACUGUCAUUGUCGAUGGGCUAGAUACCUUAUGGUACUCAUGGCCGUAAUGUUUGUGGUGGAUAUGCCUACAAAACUGUAUGACGUCACGUUUCCAGCUCCAGAGAUCCACAUGUUGGACCCAAAUUUUGCUUUGGUUAAUGAAGAAGUGCUGGUAGCGUUGGAUGGAAAGAACCUGAAGCAUGGUGGAAGCGUUGCCUGGGUAGCGUAUUGGGGAUGCGCAAUUACAGCGAACAUUGAUGCGUGCGAGAAGCAGUUUGUAUCUACGUUCGAAGCUGGUAACGUUGCUGUGACGUUUAAGUCACUCGACCAUUUCAUCCCUUGCUAUCGCGAUCCACCAAACCCGCUCAAGGCGCAAGACUACCAGUGUUUUGAGUAUGUUCGCAUUCGGGUGAAGGAAAAACACAGUAUUCCAGGAUGGUCACGGCUGGCGACCCAGACAUUGUCCAAGUCUAUGCAAGCCUUGCCACCGGUAAGCGAUGAAUGGCUGAACAGGCUGGAGAUCUCUUCUUUUCAGCGUGAAACGGAAUCACAACCCUCCAGAAUCAGCCACGCUAUCAUUAAACCAACGAAGAGUAGGUGGCCAUUGGCGACAUUUACAGAGUCAAUGGAAGCAACCGAAGCCGAUAUUUGUGUUUCGUCGUCCGAAUGUCUUACGACGGAAAGCGAUGGACCGUCUGCGCUGGGGAAAGAGCCCGUGGAGUUAUCGAGUGAGGGAGAUGCUGAGGAGAGUGAAGGCACGUUAUGGAGCUCUCAAGAAAGUGUACUAGAACGUGGUGUGUCUGCGGCAGGAACAAUUGCAGAAGGGAAGCUAGUGGAAGCUGAAGUGACACCCGAUACGGAAAUGAAGAUGAUCCACGCUACCACCGAGUCGAACGUGGACCAAAGUGACGAUGCCACCCCGUUAGCUGAAGGCUUGCAGCAAUCAAGCUAUACCGAGGAAGUCAUGUUCGACAAGUCUCGAAAUCAGGUCGACGUGGUCUCGGCUAAAAAUGCUGAAGAAACAGAACAUGCACUCGAGAAGGAAUCAGAUGUUCUUGGGAAUGAGAGAGUACGAGCUGUCGAUGAUAAAUGUAUGCUGAGCACCACAACCGAGAUUCUGGAUGACGAAGAAAAAGUACAGGCGACCUCUCGAGACAACCCGAGAGAACGAGAAUACAUGCAGAAGUGGAAUGAGACGCUGGAACAAGCACGCAUGAGGCUUCCUUAG